CCGUCGAGAAGACGUGUUGAACGAGAUAUCCCUCUUCCUCUCUGCCAACGGCCGGCGCGUCUCCUCCUACGACUCCAAAUCAUUUCUUUUUCGAUUCCUGUCGCGAACCCUGUCUCCAUGUUCUGAUUCAUCGAGGGAACCAAGGUUCCGACCGAGAGGUGAACAUGCGGGGCUACGUCCGGGAGCUCCUCCAAGGAUGCCUGCGUUCUCGGAGGGCCUAUUUUUCGGUUGACGGUUCUAGAUGCAGAUUUGGUUGUUUAUCAGAUUCCUAUGGCUCAUCUGGCAGAAUCAAAGGCUGCUGUCCGAGUGUCGGUACUCCAAGCUGUUCCAGGUCAAUGGCUUCUGCAACUUCGUGUGCUGUCUUGUCUGAAGCGUUGCCAAAGGAUAAAGAUAAUCUUGCAUCCGAUAUGCUAAUUGAUUCAUUUGGGAGGUUCCACAAUUACUUGAGGAUCUCGUUGACGGAGCGUUGCAACCUCAGGUGUCACUAUUGCAUGCCAGCAGAAGGUGUUGAACUCACACCUAACUCUCAGCUUCUUUCUCACGAUGAAAUCGUUCGGCUUGCAAAUCUCUUUGUGACGUCUGGGGUGGAUAAAAUUAGGUUGACAGGUGGAGAACCUACAAUUAGGAAAGAUAUAGAAGAUAUAUGCUUGAGUCUUUCCAACUUGAAAGGAUUAAAAACACUUGCUAUGACCACCAAUGGGAUCAUUCUCACGAAGAAGCUUCCAAAGUUGAAAGAGUGUGGUGUUAAUGCGAUAAACAUUAGUUUGGACACAUUGGUCCCAGCAAAGUUUGAAUUCAUGACCAGACGAAAGGGUCAUGAAAGAGUCAUGGAGUCAAUAGAUGCUGCAAUAGAACUUGGAUACAAUCCUGUUAAGAUAAACUGUGUUGUAAUGCGUGGAUUAAACGAUGAUGAGAUCUGCGAUUUUGUAGAGAUGACGAGAGAGAAGCCAAUCAACGUUCGAUUUAUUGAGUUCAUGCCAUUUGAUGGGAAUGUUUGGAAUGUCAAAAAGCUAGUUCCUUAUGCGGAGAUGCUGGAUAGAGUGCGACAACGCUUUAAAAAUGUACAGAGGCUUAAGGAUCACCCUGCAGAUACAGCAAAAAAUUUCAUUGUUGAAGGUCAUCGUGGGACAGUCUCAUUUAUCACAUCAAUGACUGAGCAUUUUUGUGCUGGUUGCAAUAGAUUGAGGCUCUUAGCUGAUGGCAACUUCAAAGUAUGUCUAUUUGGUCCAGCAGAGGUAAGCUUAAGAGAUCCAAUUCGUGCUGGCGUGGAUGACCUUGGGCUGAAGGAAAUCAUUGGAGCUGCGGAUUUAUCAUGAAGACGUAGAAACUAAUGUGUAAUUCACCGACUUGGUUUAGUGUUCCAAUUUUAGAUUAGUUACAUCGGUCUUACUAGUCUAGUUGCCUUCUGAUCAGGUUAAGAGAAAGAAAGCUGCACAUGCUGGGAUGUUUGACCUAGCAAAGACAACAAACAGGCCUAUGAUACACAUAGGUGGCUGAGCAGCAGUUAAAUCCGAAUUGCUUAGAAAUGGAUAUCGGAACGGAGAAAUCGCUGCUCCAAGUUGUACGAGUCUAAGAAUCGAAAGGAGGAAUUGCCAUCAUAAAGGCAGUUAAAUUCUGGACUUCUUUUGCUUCAUAUUGUUAUACGUUGUGUUAUUAAAGAAACAAACGUGUUAUCGGAUCUUGCGAGGAAAGCCACAUAGUACAACUUAUCUCCUCAUCUGAGGAUGAUACUAAUACGCAGGACUGCUGUUAAUGUCUCAUUUAGAUCGGUGCUCUUUAAUCUUUUCUUAUGUAAUGGUUUGAUGCCACAUUACUGGACCUUGGAAACAUGGUGAGGGGAUCUCCCUGAAACCUCCGGAUCUUUAAUGCACGCUUCACACACACGUCUCUUUUCUUUUGUCA